AUGGGGCGGGAGAUGGACGACGAGGACCUGGUGGAGGAGCUCCUGGUGACCGUGAACUCGGCGCGCGCCUUCGCGGAGUUCCGGCGCACGCAGCGCAAGGAGUGCGCCAAUCUCCUCCGCUGGCUGCAGCUCGUCCUCCCGCUCCUGGAGGAGCUCCGCGACGCUGCCCCCCGGCUCACCGACGACGCCUACCGCCGGCUCGCCCUGCUCGGCCGCGCGCUCGCUGCCGCGCGACGCCUGCUGCGAUCGUGCCACGACGGCAGCAAGAUCUACCUGGCGCUUGAGAGCGAGACGGUGCUGGCCAAGUUCCGCGACGUGUACGAGAAGAUGCACAGCGCGCUGGACGGGAUGCCGUACGCCGAGCUCGCCAUCUCCGAUGAGGUCAAGGAGCAAGUGGAGCUGAUGAACGCGCAGCUGACGAGGUGCAAGAAGCGAACGGACACUCAAGACAUGGAGCUGUCAAUGGAUCUGAUGGUGAUCCUCCAGAACAAGGAGGAGGAGAGGAACGCCGACAGGGCCAUCCUGGAGAGGCUCGCCAAGAAGCUGGAGCUGCAGACGCUGGCGGAGCUGAGGGCAGAGACGAUGGCCAUAAAGAAGCUCAUCAACGACAGGAACAGCAACGGCGGCGGGCAGCACGCGGUGGCGGACAGCACCAGGCAGAUGGUGGACCUUCUCAACCGGUUCAAGGAGAUCGCCGGCGUGGACGAGAAGGACGUCCUGGGCGGCGACGUGUCCAUGCCCAAAAGCCUUGACAAGUGCCCUCCCUGA